GGCUCGUGACCCUGGCGCGCGGCCUGUCUCCUGCCUUCCUGCGAUUCGGUGGAAAGAGGACCGACUUCCUCCAGUUCAACAACCAGAAGAACCUCAAGUUCAGAGGGCCAGGGCCAGACUACUACCUGAAGAACUACGAAGACGGUGACUAAACAACACAUCUCUCUUAGGCGUCUGUUCCUCGUCUGUUGGUGUUUUUCCUCUCUAGCUAUUUAUUUAACACAGCGUCCAUUUCCUUAUCAAAUACAAUAUCGUGCGCAGUGACAUUGCAUUGGACAAACAGAAGGGCUGCAAGCUGGCCAACCACCCUGACAUAAUGCUGGAGCUGCAGAGGGAGAAGGCUGCCACCACACAGCUGGUCCUGCUGAAAGAGCAACUGUCCAACAUCUACAGCAACAUUACAAUAACAGGUCUUUAGACAAACUGUACAACUUUGCCGACUGUGCUGGUCUGCACCUGAUCCUGGGGCUCAACGCGCUGCACAGAAACCCAGACAACUCCUGGAACACGUCCUCCACCUUGAGCCUCCUCAAGUACGGCGCUGGCAAGAAGUACAACAUCUCCUGGGAGCUGGGCAACGAGCCUAACGCCUACCGCAGCAUGGUGGGUCGUUCGGUCAACAGCACCCAGUUGGCUCAGGACUACACCAAGCUGCGGACCCUGCUGCAGUCCGUGCGCUACUACCACCGAGCUCACCUCUACGGCCCCAACGCAGGACGACCCCGGAAGAACGCCAUCCUGCUGCUGGAUGGGUUCAUGAAGAAUGCUGGCUCUGUUGUAGAUGCAGUUACGUGGCAACAUUACUACAUGGACGGCAGAGUGAACAAAGUGGAGGACUUCCUGAAAACUCGUCUGAUGGACACACUGACGGAGCAGAUCAAUAAAGUCACCAAGGUUGUGAACACACAUACUCCCGGUAAGAAGGUGUGGUUGGGUGGACUGGGGCCGGCGUGGACAGGAGGCAUUAGUAAUCUCUCUGACACAUACGCUGCUGGCUUUCUGUGGGUGAACGCGCUGGGAAUGGCCGCUGUGCAGGGGAUUGAUGUCGUAUUGCGUCACUCCUUCUUUGACUACGGAUACACUCACCUUGUGGACCAGACCUUUAACCCUUUACCCGACUACUGGUUCUCUCUGGUCUUCAAGCGUCUGGUUGGUCCGAGGGUUUUGGCCGUGCGGGUGGCUGGACUGCAGCGGAAGCCGCAACCAGGACGAGUCAUACGAGACAAGCUACGUAUCUACGCCCACUGUACCAGCUAUUACAAUCAUAACUAUGUGAGAGGGUCCAUAACAAUCUACAUCAUCAACCUGCAUCGGUCGCGGAAGAAAAUCAAGUUGGCGGGGACGUUACGGAACAAUACGGUCCAUCAGUACCUGCUGCAGCCCUACGGCACUGACGGACUCAGAGCCAAAUACGUCCAGCUGAACGGGGAGAAGCUGCUCAUGGUGGACAAUGAGACAUUCCCGGAGUUGAAGCCUAAGACACUGAGAGCUGGACGGACAAUAGCCAUGCCUCCCAUGACCGUAGGCUUUUAUGUCAUCAAAAACAUUAAUGCAUACGCCUGCCGAAGAUAACACUGACCCGUCGUCCCUGAGCUGUAGGAGUGAUGCUCAGAAGUCUACCCAACCACAAACCCUCUGCCAGUUUGACCCAAAGCUUAAAAAACGGUGCGGCUCUUAAAUUUUUUUCACUUUACCCGGAAGACAGGGAAGUCAGAAUACCACAUUCUUGCUCAAGGACACUUCAGUAGAGUGGACACAUGGCUUGAAUUCAGUACAAGUCUGCAGCCUCUUCAACCGUUAUUUCAAUGGUUAUAUUUAAAUUACAAAUAAACCGGGCCCUUCCCUCGUCGUCUUCUCUGGUUCAACAAAGAAAGACUUGCCCAAGACACAUAAAAAGGGCUGCACUGAACACUUUUCUAUUCUUGUCACCAGCAACUCCUCAUCAGCUAAAAGACUUGUGUGAACAGUGAUUGUUUUGUGGCUUUGCAUGAAGUCAUGCAGUAUCAUAAAAGUCCACAUUCUUUGACUUGAUUAAGCUAUGUUUUCUACUCUUGGAUUGUAAAACCUAGAGUUUGUUAUUUCUGCAUCGGCCAAGAGUUUUCUUUUUUUCUAAUCUUUCACCCGACUGAGAGAAAACUCUGAACAGGCAGCGUUUCUGAAGCAUACACAAGUCAACUUCAGUUUGACUUGAUCCUUUCCACAAAGAGAAAACGCCAUGGUGUGUGUAAGGUCAUGUGCGGACUAGCUAAGUGUGUGUGUGUGUGUGUGUGUGUGUGUGCGUGUGUGUGUGUGUGUGUGAGAUUCAUUGAUAAAGCUACUGAUGUGUCUGUCCAGUCCGUUUUUCCUCUGAAAGUAUACGUUUCUUCCUUUGUUUAAUAUCAAGUGGCUCCAAGGGAAAAUCGGCCUCUUUUAAAGGCUGUUUUUGUGUGCAGUAUUGCUUUUCUGCUGCAGGUUUCUAUCAAUUUAACAGCAGAGUGCAAUAGCCAGGAUGUGUCUCUGGUGUUGCGUUGCAGCUGAAGAACAAUGAGAUGAACCCAUCCAUAAUAACAUCCGUCCUCACAUGCAGCCUGCAUCCACACAAAAUCUGGGUUUUGCUUUUGAUUCCCAAAAUUCUAAAAUACAAUUUUUUUUCAGGUGUAUUUAACCUUUCUCAUUAUCUUCAGUGUGAUCUCACGUUUUAUAAUCCUCUUAUGCUGCUAGGUUUUUUUUGUACUAAAUAUACAUUAUAUAUUUUACAUAAUUUUGUACAGAUUUACCGUCGUAUAUUAUUAGAUGAUGUAUUGUACAUAAAAAGAGUGAUGAAAAUAAGUGCUUGAUAUGUCUACUUACAUACAGUAUACAUCUAAUUUAUAUGAUUAAAUUCUUUGCUUUGUCUUUAUAUUUCUAUUAUAAACUAAUUAACUAACUAAUGCCCCAACUUUAAAGAAAAAUCAAUAUGUAUUAAAUGAUGGGGUGACUGUUAAGAUGCAAAAUGUCAGGUGCAGACAGCAAGAAAAGGACUUACCUUAAGAUGGUGGUUCAUAACCCAUGUUUCACAUUUAUAUAUAUAUAUAUAUAUA